AGAGCGGCACAAGGGACUUUCCAGCAAGCGUUCUUCUCAUUUUACAUGGCUUAACUUAAAGAUGUUAUGAAUCUCUAUAACCGUGUAGGGAAAAGCCAUAUUACUUCUAUCUAAGCUAUUAUUUAUUAUUUAAUGGUGUUUGUCAGCUAAUAUACGUAAAUCCUCAGGAGAGUGUCAGCUACGCGUGUUAAACAGUGCAUACGGGAUCGGAAUGUUCCUUCCUCCUCUUCUUGCCUCGCAGUCGCCCCUCCACUCCAGUUGAAUGUUUGUGGCGGCAGUGACGGCCCCUCUCCCGCCUCUUGGGUUCAGGUUCGGGAUGGAGGCGGAGAAAGUUACAGAGUUCAUCUCACACACACAAGCUGACCCGGUCCUCGCUCGACAAAUACUGCAGAACGAGAACUGGGAUGUGAAGGCCGCUGUACAGCUGUUUUCGGUGCUAAGAGGGGCCAGUCCCUUUCAUCACUCAGGGCUGACACGAUCUGCCCCCCCAAAUUUCAACUCUUCAGUUAAGCCACCAGUAGCCCCUAAACCUGUGUUUGACCAUAAGUCUAACUCUGACAGCAGACAUCUUUCUGAUGGAAGAUCGUCCUGCGGUUCCAAGUUGGCGCCUCUCCCACCUCCGAGAGCGAGAAAAGUCGGAGCCCUGCCCAAGUUGCUUCACGAGGGACAGUCCGUGAUGCCGUCGGUGUUGACGCACGUUCUGCCUCCCGUGGGCCCGGACGUCCUCCCCGUGGCGGGCUUCCUGGUUGAGCCGUACGGCCAGAAGAGUAUCAGCAGUGCGCGGAUCACCAGCUUACCGCCCAUACAAAAAUGCUGCAGCGUGAACCAUUCUCAUAAUGUUUGUCAAGGAUUAGAUUUCUGUUCUCCUUGUUCAUCCCCGGUGGCCACUUCUCUCGUGCCUAGUAUAAAUAAAUGUCCGUCAAAACCUCAGAGUGGAAGUGCAAAGAACGCCCUUCUCAUAGAAAAGGUUCGUGGUACGUCGGCAAGCUUCUUGGAGAGCCAGAGGAACUCGGUACGCGACGGCAACACCAGGGCUUCCUCCACGCCGCAUAACUCCACUAACUCUUUGCAAGUAACUGUUAAUAGUAGCUGUAUAUUAAGUGUCAAUAAUCCCAAUAAUAAUACCAAUAAAAACAAUAAUAUAUAUUUAGAUGACUAUUCAUCAUCAUCUGUGAACGACUCAGGAACCCUCUCCACCGCAACAAGCCAGACAACGAACUCUGUUUACAAUGCUUCACCCCAUUCAUCACCUUCAACAACCACUAUGCAGGCCGCUUCCAAAGACUCGUCGCCAUACUCAUCAAUAGCUGUGCCUUCUGCCGCCACUGGUCCGUCGAGCGUGAUCAUUUCCUCGACAGCUAAUAGCUUCGACACGUACGCCGUGAAAGACUCCAAGUUAGUGCGAAUUAUAACUGUGGAUUCCCCGAAGGACUACCUGUGCCCUCCCGGUCUCAACGAGCUAAGCGACCGGGAGAGUAACUGUAUCUGUGACUGUCAGGAAUCUCGUCUGCCAGAGAAAAGCAUCAGUAGUAGUAAUAAAGAAUACCGGUUCCCCGAUGGUGUUAAGAAACAUAUCAAAGGGGAGAAGAAAUACAACGGGGGAGACGACGAGGUAGAUAGAAUGGUGCGGCCAGGAGGGGUGUCCAGUCUGGUCUGCUCGGGGACGUCUUCACUCUCUGCCCCCUGCUCGCCCGCCAAGCCGUUGCUGCGGAAAACUGAAGCUGUCGACCUGGAAGAAUAUGAUUAUUACAAAAAAUUGAGUCGGGGAAUAUCCAAGGCGACCGACAACGUCAACAUAGUAUCCAAAGCUCGGUCGGAGUUUGCGCAAGAGAUCUGGGAAGCAAUAGACUCCAGCCGUACUCCAUUUUUUAUAGAGACUCCCAUUUUCACCUUCACAUUACCAGACCUUAGCAUAUACUCAGAUGAAUUUCGCUUAUUUUUGGAAAGAGAUCUGAUAGAAACAUCAACUUUGGUGUCCCUGGAGGGUGCUGGCCGCCUCAACUGGUGGGCACUCAUCGGAGCAUCCCAGAGACUGUGGCCUCUGGCGACCACUGGUGACGGCAAUUGUCUCCUGCAUGCUGCUUCAUUAGGAAUGUGGGGCUUUCACGACCGCUUGUUGACCCUUCGCAAAGCCCUGCAUGAAUUCUUAACUCGGAGUCAGUUCAGCCGGCCACUGUGGCGACGCUGGCGAUGGCAAGUCACACAACAGAACAGAGAGACAGGUUUAGUUUACAGUGAUGAUGAGUGGGAAACAGAAUGGAGAAACGUUCUUCGUCUGGCCUCGAGCGCCCCGCGAGGCAGCCAAGACAGCAGCGGAGAAGGGUCAUCAUCGGAGGGCAGUCAGAAGAUCAAGAGCCAGACCAGUAGCACAGGUUCCAGGACUGACUCUCCGCCUCCUACCGUGAGCAAGAGAUUAAGUAACGGAUUCCAAACUGGUCAGAGUGAAGACUGUGCAGGGCGCGUGUACGAGAGCUUGGAAGAAAUACACGUGUUGGCGCUGGCUCACGUUCUGCGGCGGCCCAUCAUUGUUGUGGCGGACAUAACUCUUAAGGAUGUGAGUGGAGAACCAUUAGCUCCCAUCCCCUUUGGCGGGGUGUACCUGCCCCUGGAGUGUCCACCCAGGGAGUGUCAACGCUCCCCGCUGCUCCUCACAUACGAUGCUGCUCACUUCUCAGCUCUGGUGGUGAUGGAGACCCAGGCAGACUGUAGUGCCUCUCAGCUCCCAGCUGUGAUUCCUCUGACUGACUGUUGCCACGAGCUGCUACCCAUCCAGUUUGUGAUUGACCCCGGAGAGGACUUUGUGUGGGGAAGAGACGACCAGAACCCAGCCAUGGUACAGAAGCUAACCAUCACCAACCAUGAUCAGAUUGGUCUCCUGAAUGAAUACCUGGAUGUCACCCAGGUUCCCAUUCCACCGGGCUAUCUAGAAGCUUGCCAGGCAGUGGAUGAGGCCGAGUCGCCAGAGAAUUAUCACCCAGAGAUCGAGAAGAAAUCGUCCGAGUCAAGUUUUGACUCGGAUGAAGGUCCUCCAUACACCGAUGGAACGGUUGGAAUAUUUGCCAGCAAGAGCAAGGCCUCAAAGCAACUACAGACAGUUGCAAAGCAGUUUGGGAGCAUUGGUAAGACCAUGUCAAAGAAAAUUAAAAAGAACUUUGGCAAUUUGUCAAAACUAGGUCGCGCUGGGUCAUUUAAGAAAAAAGACGAGUACGUAAAAACUUGCAGCAUGGCAAAAAACAGCCGCAUGCCAAAGAUUUCUACCCAUCAGAAUUAUAUUCUGGCAGCUAUGAUUCACACUGAAAAACGCCACGCAUACCAGGAGGAGAUGGUGCGCAACUAUCUCAACACUGCACGUCGGAGGUUUGAGAAAGAUACAGAGCUGAGGAGACGACAGGAGGAGGAGAUGAAGCAUUUAGAGCUGCAGCAGCUGCAGCACCAGGCAGAGGUGGAGGGUCCAGUACAGUGUAUUAACCCGGGGUGUAGUCUGUAUGGCACUGCAGUCACGUCUUAUAUGUGUUCUGCGUGUUUCUCCAAACAGAAGGAGCAAGAACGAGAGUACAAGCGCCAAACUUCCGGUAAUCUUAAUUCUCCAAAAGCUCAAGAUUUUAGGGGCGACGGGCCGCAAUACGGAGCGGGGAAGUCAAAGUUUUAUGCAGAGUUGGAUGCUGCCUCAGUGUCGGAUGCCUCUAAGAUUCCUGUUAUUCAACCAUUGUCCUCUAAAAAAGAUGGCACUUUGUUUCUCUCAAACUCCACAUUCUACAGUGACAGUUCAACUAUUCCAAGCUAUAAUAUUGCUAAGUCCCAGUCUACCGUUCCUAACAGUGACCUGACCGUGGGCGUCGGCACUCACUUACCGGGACCGGACUCUCCCUCACAACUGUCAUCCCUGUCGGUGGUGACCACCACGAUGGCCUGCCGGAGCUCCGAGAGCUUCACGCCCGUGGCCAUAGACGAAGUGAACGUGUGCGUCCGGGGAGAAGACAGGUCGGAGAGUCCCUCUCAGCCGUGCCUGACUCGAGACUGCAAGUUCUACGGAAGUUGUUCAACGAGCGGGUAUUGCUCUCGCUGUUACCAAGAAAGUGGCAGCAUCGGCCCCAAAAGUGUGAUGGUACAGCAGAUAAAGUCUGUCCAGCUGUAGAUGUUAGCCAAGUGUUGUCGUGUGCUUCAAGUGAACGUUGAAUAUUUAUGGUUUUGACAGUUUUGGUGUUUAACCCUCUUGAUAGAUUUUGAGAUAUUUUUGAUCUAGUCAUAGUGCCAUAAUGAUGUGAGUUAUUUAGUUACAGAUGGAUUCACUGUUUUUUUUUUUUUUAAGUAAAAGUGAAAAAUGCACUUACCUUAACAUGUGUUGAGGAUAGAUGUGCCUUUGAUAUGUCAAGAUAUGUUUGUCAUUUCCUCCGAUACUGAAUGUAGGAAAACUGGUUAAUAGAAAAUGUCAGGCAGGUUAUUAUGUAGAUAAUAAUUAAAGCAGCGGCUCCUUGAUUAAGUCUGGUGUUUAGUGGACAAGAUGAUCAUUUAGGUUUGGCCUUUUUCUGAGAGUAACAAAAUUCAGUGGCCAUCAUAAUGGUGUGUGAUAUUUCAGUCAAUAAAUUGUAUGUACAGUACAGUAGUUCCUUUUGGGCAAAAUAAAUGUUUGGGAAUUACUGCUGUAGCAGAUAUUUUAAGAAAGUCUUGUUAGCUUUAUUUAUAUGAAUGAUUAAUACAUUAUGAAGGAAAACGAGCAUUAAGAUGUUACGAAGAGAAUCUGAUUUAGGUUUAGCCGUUUUCAAAAUACUGUAUUUGUAUUGAAUAGGUUCAUAUGCAAUAGUAUGUUCAUUCUUCAGUAAACAUUAUACAUAUUAUCUUCUACAGCAAAUGUUAGAAGAACAUGGCAUCAGUUGCAAGAAGAAGCAGCUCUCAGUUUGAACAAAUUGUUAUUGAUGUUUAAUUUAAGCACAGUCUGUGUUGGCUUUGGGGAGUUUCCCCUCUAAAUGAUAUUUUACUUAAAUAAUAAGUCUGACCAGAUCGUUCCAGUAAAGAAUUUUGUUAACAGCCCAUUUGUUUUUUGGAAGACAUAGAAAGAUGCAACCAUAUUCACAAUUUUAAUGAGUCUUAAUCUUCUUGCAACCCAUUUAUACCCAUUCCUCUCUUAAGAAAGCAAGUGCUGUGCUGUGCUGUAUGCUGUGGUUUGCUGGAAAUCCUGUGGAAGUGAGGUAGAUUUAGAUCUGAUAGUUUAGUAGGUCAAGAAGGCUCAUAUAUGUCAUUUAACUCAAGAUACAGCGACUCCUCGGUAAUGUUUGAGGUUCGGCACGAAAAUAUCUUGAACUGUGAUGGUUCAUUAAUCUUCAUCGAAGUUAACUGCUGGUGAGAAAAACAAGUUACUGUAGAUUUCUGACAACCAAAAAUGGGUACAACUCCACAAAAAAAUAACUUUAAAGAAAUAAUAAAUGUGUUUUAAUGUUAAAAACAUUGUAGACUUGGUCAUCUUUCACCAUCGUGAACAUAAACAAAUUCAUUAUUAAAACGUCCUGUGGAGGGUCGGGUAGAUCGACGCUUAAUGCUGUAUUUUAUAACUAAAUUAUGCCUAUAUUUUUAUGGAACUAAAUAAUGCAAUACGGGAGGGAUUAUUGGCUGAAGUCUGUCCCUCUCAGAGCUUAGGGCUGGUGUGUGUAGAACAGUGGGAUGUGACUACUAUUGGUCAAGAUAAUAAUUAAGCUUUGCUUGCUUGAGAAUGUCCAGGUGUGCAGAUUUGUGUGAUGUACGUAUUUGACAAAUUAACAAGUGCACUACUGUCGAGCAUCCCGAGGCGAACAUUUAAUUUCCAAAGUCGUUUAAUAUCGAAGGGAAUGAAUUUAUCACUCCCAAGAAUAUUGAAUGGCAAAGAGCAACACACACAUUAGCAGGGAGUUACUGUAAAUUGAUAUAACAUAUAUGAAAUGUAAUGAUGUAGAGUUAACAGGCACUGUCCAACUCAAGUAGUCACUGCUCAAUGCAACAAUACUCUUACGCAUCUCGCAUAAUAAGAAUGGAGGAUUUUGUGGUUCCAAUUUAAACAAUAGAUUUUUGUGUUGGUAAUAUUGAGGAGCUGAAGGUGUUGCUGUGGAAGUUUAUAGUAUCCAGUUGACCAUUAGUAAAGGUCAUGAGGGAGACCGGGACAGAGAGAGGAAUGGGUUGACACAUUACAGUAAUCUGGUGCACUAUUUCUACCUCCCGUUGAAUGUCAUUUGGGUUCAUACAGUAUAGCUAUAUUUUCUAUUAAAAUUUAUUCUCAGCUGUGGUUUUUUUACAUAUUUGUUUGGAUAUCAAGAAAGUGUAUGAACGUGUUCAUAAUUUCCAUUGUUAGCGAUCGGUGAUGUGGACUCGGUGGCUCGAGCGUAAAAUAUAUAUUUUCUUACUGUAUUGGGCUGCCUCAAAUGAUAUUGUUAUCAUGGCAUACUGUUCAGUAGUGUAGAUGUAAAUUAUUACAGUUGGUAGUGGAACAUGUAAUGGGUCAUUGCAUGUCUUAUAUCUAACUUAUUUUCCUCUCCAUGUAAAUUAUAUCACAAGAUGUAGUGAAUGCCCAAGAAAUCUUUCAUUAAAUAAACAAGUUUGGUGUGUGUGUGUGUGUAUACAGUAUACUGUAUAUACAGGUAUAUAUACUGUAUGUAUACACAUACACAGUAUAUCACUGUAAUGUAUAAAGUGAUUCUUGCUACUUGAAGGUGCAACAGCAGCACAUGUCUAGCCUACAUAACUCAUGUGCCCUGAUGUGGUAGUCAACAGUAUGGAUUUCUGUUCACAUUUUUGCAGAAUGACAUACUUUUAGCAACAGUUUUUUGCACUCAAUGCUGGCUGCCUGACUGUCGCAGCACCGUACUCUGCGGCGGCCAUUUGUGGUAUUUAUAUUUCAUUUGUUAACAGUUGUAUGUAGAUUAGUUUUGAUAUCACAGGUAACUGUAUUUUCCAAUACAGCUUUCUUCCAUUUCAUAAACUUGGUAAAUAUUUUUAAUAGAAGGAGUUUACUGUACAACUCAUUUUUGUACAAAAUAUUUAUUUUCAGCUGUACUGUAUAGCACGGAUUUAUGUCAUGUAAAUAACUACUUACUUUGAACGAGUAGAAUUUGUACAAAUAUCUUUUUGUUAGGGCGAUCAUCCAACAACACGAAUGGUACAUAGUUCAGUUAGGUGCACCGCUUCACUUGUUACUUUGUGUGAAGGCGUUAAAUCUGUCUCGUCCAAUACCGUGGCUCUGUUGAUCCCCAGGAAUAACAACACGACAAGCCGAACGAUAACCGUAACAACUACAACUGCAGUACUUGAGAUUGGCUGUUAAACAAGGCAAGGUAUUAAUUGGAGGAUAUAAUGAGGUUUAUGUGUUUUUUCCUUUUGAUAUUUGAUCACAUGAGCAGUUGUUAGUGUUCUUUGUGCUCCAGACUGUACAGUAGUUGGCAGUUCAUCAGUUGUAAGAAUCAUUUGGCUUGAAUUUGUGCAGUUAUUUGACAGUUACCAUACUCUGUCCUCACCGGCUGCUAUUAUCACGUUUACUGUAUCAAGAAGUAUCGAUAUAUUUUGACACGGUUGUACCAUAAGCUUCUUAUAUUGCUGAGAUUAUCUUGUUAAACAGUAAGGUGCUGACCUUUACCGACCCUAAUGCCAGAAUUCACCAAAUUUUGUUAUGACUUACAGUCCUAGACACGGUAGAAAGGUUGUACUGUACAGUAAGACCUCCAUGUAACAGACUUUCUCUCUCCAUAUACAGUAAUCCAUUAGGUGGAGGUUUCACGUCUAACAGACCCUCGAUAUAAUGGCCUAUCAUCUCCGUAUAGUCCGUUAAAUAGAGGUUUCGCUGUCCAGUACAGUACUGUCGCAACACAGCUGCCAUAGCUGGUGUUCCUGGCAGUGUUUACAAAGAAAACAUUAAACAGCGCUAACAACGAUGAUGACCUGUAAACCCCGGCCGGGCGUCCCUUGACCCCCUUAGGCUUUAAUUUGACACCAAGUUCGUUUCUGCCCAAGAUGUGCUGAGUCAUCAUUAUAUUUCAUAAUCCAUAGCUUUUAUUUAGUCACGUAAAGAGAUCAUUAUUUUUAUACAAGGAAAAUAUUUGAAAUUUAUUAGACAGUAUUUUUUUAUGUAUCCUGAAAGGGUGUUUUAUUUUGUGAUUAUGUGUCCGUAUUUGAUUUGUGACCGUUUACAGUACUCGUAAUAUUGGUUUCUAUACAGUACCAAAGGAACUGUGUGUGUGUGUGCAUGCGUGCAUGCAUGCGUGUGGCUGAUCACAAGCAGGAGGGGAAGAAUCUUAUCUCAACCAGAUCUGUAGAAUUACUUUAGUUGUAAAUAGUAUACAGUAUAUGUUAACCUUUACCUGUAUUGUUUAGUGGGGAAUGGAAGUGAAGUUUACACCAAGUGGAGGUGUUGAGGGAUGGAGAGGGUGAUGAUGACCUAACCUAACCUAACCUCAUUUAUAAGUGGAGUGGAGUUUAAUGGUUGCUUAUAUUUGACACUUUUAAAGUUUCUCUUCUUCAUCCAUUAUACUAAUGAACAUAUAUAUUAUAAGGGCAAAGUAUAUUGAUUAUUAAUAAUCAUCAUCAGUUAUUAUUUAUUAUUAUUAUUGAGCUGUGUUUAGGUCACUUUUCAAUGUCACAACAGGGGGUCAAAACGUCUUGAAUUAUGUAACGCAGAUCAUAUUAUUUUUGCAGACGCUGUACAGUAUAUCCCCAUUUAUCUUCAUAAUUUCAAGCUGUGAAGGUAUGGAAUCAACACGUCAUGUCUCGAGGGUUAUCACUAAUCUCGGGGUAUCGAUCUUAAAUACAUAUGUAUGCUAAUUUAAAGGAACAUACUGAUUGUGUACUGUGUUAAGGGUAAUAUUCACACAGUACUAUGAUGGUGGUUAGGUUAGGUUGUAACUGGGUGUAGUAAUUAACGUCUUAGUUUGUUUGAUUUCAUUAUUCACAUCCUGACAACUGAGUGUUGAUACUCAGGGUCACAGACAGUUGGGCGUGAAGAGUCGGUAUUCUCAAGAUUUAUGUUGAAGACUAAAAAUGCAGAUUACUUGUUUUUUGAAUUUGUAAAGUGAAUUGGUAGUAUGCAAUAAUGAUUACUGGUGUAUGAAACCCUUGCCUAUGUAUAUCAAUGUGUAGGCAGUACAUUCGCCUGUACCUCAGAACCACCCUGAACACUGAGAAUUAGACUUAUAAGUCAGUCUACUGCUUCGGGUUCACGAGUCUGAAUCUCGGGGUUC